AUGACGAGCGUGGUUUCCAUUAUCGACUUUGAGCUGGCGGUUGUCAAAUUUGUUGGGGCUAUCGCAGAACAUUUGGACCGGGCAUUGAAAAGAAUAUCUCGCUCUCUCCCAGAGGAUAAUGCUGAUCAACUGUUGCACGUCACUUUAUGCGAAGAUGGGUGUCCUCAAACCAGCCGUGUCAACGACAUUCACCUAGAGAUGCAUGGGACCCUUCAGCUGGCAUUAGAAAGGGGUUUCGAAGCUGAAAUCACAAUAUGGAAUAAAUACCUGUUACGGGAAGAGCCUCUAAAGCAUGAAGACAUCGAUGGUUACUAUACAGAAUUCUUCAUCCCUGAUGGACGAAGGUUUGUCCCAAAGGAGAGCCCCAGGUCAGACAAAGCACUAAAGGGGCGCACCCAUAAGCUAGGUGCACCGGAAGAGUAA